AUGACGUCCGAAGGAAAACCAGUACCCAGUGUCACUAAACGAUUGCUCAAUUCUGGAUCCCAACUUCCAUCUUUUCGUCGAAACGGAAUUUUCUACGUUUUGCUUGCCCUCUUCUUGUAUAUUAUAGUCGUCACAAGACCCCAACAAACUAUGGUGUUGAGUAGAAUGAUGGAAGUUCCACAGAUUCAAAGAAUCCCAAGUAACGAUUAUCAGGAGAUUUCUAAAGUGGAGGUGAAAUCGAAGAAGUUGGAACAGAAGCCAGAUUGGGAUACGUUGGAUGGAAUUGGAUUUGAGUUUGAAGAGAUGAACACCAAGUUCUCUGAAACUCGUCUAUACGCUCCCGAACACAAAUUCUUCGGUGCGGACCCAAUCAUUGAGCCAAAUCGUCAAUUGUACACUGCAUUUGGAAAAUACUUUCCAUUUGCAAUUGGAAAGAAACCAGGAUUCACAAAGUUCCGAGUAUUGCCAAAUCAAAAUCAGAAGACUAGAAAAUACGAAUUUCAAGAUGUCACUACCAUUCCAUUCACCUACUUUUUAUGGGACAUUUUGGGAUUGAAGCAAAUCGACAUAGCCUGGAUUGACAUUGAAGGUGGAGAAUUCGAGUUCUUGGACCAAUUCUAUCGAGGUGGACCAAUGGAUGAAAAAGGAAUUGUAAUCUGUCAAUUCAAUUUGGAAGUUCAUUCGAAAUUCAAUCCCCCAGGAGCUCAAGUUUUUCAUGAUUUCGUUUUUCGAAUCCUGGAUGAUAAGAGAUACAUUUUUACAAAAGUUUUGAAUACGGACGUUGGAAUUCAUCGAAUGUUUUUCGUAAAUGUGGAGGAUAUGAGAUGUGUUUGA